UGCUGAGUGUGAACACCAUCCUGUGUUUCCCGAACGCCCGAUUCAACAAUCUCCAACUGUUCUGUUAAGGGCGCCACAGACCGUCAGGAAAGAGGAUUGAACAGCUAACUGUUUCUAGGAGGCUGUGGCUCCGUCAUGGUGUGGGAUGCUGCUCAUCGGGAGAUCUUCGACGCCAUUAUCUCUGAGGGUGAGGCAAUGGUGCGCCGUUCUCGAGACCCGAGGUACGCUUGGCUGGCCCGCCGCCAGAGGUUCUCAGCAAGCGACACGGCGCGUCUGCGUGAAGUCGCCAGCAAGAUGCCGGAGGAAGCGCUGAGGGACGCCCUGGCGUCUGUGAAGGAGGCAGCCGCAGCCGACACGCUGGACGUCUUCACAGCGGCUGCGGUCAUCGACGCCGUGCUGCGGUCCCACGCCAGGGAACACGAGAGUAGCGCCGUGCUGCGCAGGGUGGCUGAGAGCGGCCGCAGAAGGCACCGCAGUCUGCAGAACCGGCUGCUCCUGUGGUUGGCAGCACUGACGAGAUCAGCUCGCGUGACUCCACUGGCGACGGCGAUAGAAGGGACCAGAGUCACUGCCCAGCAGAAGAUGGACAAGAAACCAAGUGGACAGUAA